ACUCGGCCAGGUGGUGAUUGGUCAGUCACAGUGGUUCCUCCCGCUCUCCGGUACCUCGGAGCAGAACUCUCCCAUGAUCUGUUGCUCAUCUCUGCGGAGGAAUCCUGCACUCAUGUUGAAAAUGCAUGUGCUCUGGAUGGUGAGCCAAGCUUCCCGAGCAGGGCCUCCAGUGUGCCUGAGCUUUGCUCGAUACCUCAGCAGCACAGCUCCAAAAGCCUGCUACAAAUAUGUAAAUGUAAAGGAGGAGCCAACAGACAUGAAAUCUAUCACAGACAAAGCUGCACAGACCCUGCUGUGGACAGAGCUCAUACGAGGCUUGGCUAUGACUAUGAGCUACCUCUUUAGGGAACCUGCCACUAUUAACUAUCCCUUUGAGAAGGGUCCCCUGAGCCCACGCUUCCGCGGAGAGCAUGCACUACGCCGAUAUCCAUCUGGAGAGGAGAGAUGCAUUGCUUGCAAGCUCUGUGAGGCUAUCUGCCCAGCACAGGCAAUCACCAUUGAGGCAGAGCCCCGUGCGGAUGGCAGCCGGAGAACCACUCGCUAUGAUAUUGACAUGACUAAGUGUAUCUAUUGUGGAUUCUGUCAGGAAGCCUGUCCCGUUGAUGCCAUUGUAGAGGGCCCCAACUUUGAAUUCUCCACUGAGACACAUGAGGAGCUUUUGUACAACAAAGAGAAACUGCUGAACAACGGUGACAAGUGGGAAGCUGAGAUUGCUGCGAACAUUCAGGCUGACUACUUGUACCGAUGAUGGAGCACUUAUCUUAACCCUUGAGAAUUCUACCCAGCAAGUCCAGUAGAGGCCAAACCUGCAAUAAACAGCAUGCACCCAC